AUGGCGUUUAGUUUUUCGAACGCCGUGUCAAGCGGCUCACCUGUUGGUUCUCUUGGUGUAAAUGUCAAAGAGGGAGCAGAAUUACAAGAAAUUCAGACAAACGAGUUGGGGUUUGCUGCCCUGAAUGGCGAGUCGAAAGUUCAGCUGCUUCCAACACCAUGGCCUGCCGACAGUCUUCCCCCUCCCUCGUCGUCAUUACUCAGUGUCGCAUCAGCUAGAGGCCUGCUAGCUGCUGCAGGGCCGGAUGCCGUCUACAUCACAUCUACUUCUAAGAUCCGAGAAGCUUUCCGCUCUCCACCCCCUGAGAAGAGCCAGACGAGGCAAUUUCAACCAGAGAUCAGGCUACCAUAUCCGCGAGUCUCUCAUCUCGUAUUUUCCUGCGAUGAGAGCGUUCUCGUUGUCUCGACCUCAGCGGGAAUCGCAGCCUUCCAGGCCGAAACCUUGCAGAAGGGCAACCUAACUCCUGCGUUGGAGAUACCCAUCAACGGUCAGAACCUGCGAGCAGUUGCGCCAAAUCCGGUUGUCGAAUCUGCGGAGCUCUUCGCUAUCAUCACUGCCAAUGGCGAUCUCAUGCUAUUGGACUUGAAGGCUGGAGGUAUUAAAUCUGGCAGUGAAGGCAAUGUGCUCAAGACAGGUGCAAGCUGUCUGUCGUGGAGUAAUAGGGGCAAGCAAUUGGUUGCAGGCAUGGCGGACGGGACAGCAGUCCAGAUGAAACCGGAUGGUACUGUGGUUGCAAACAUUCCCAAGUCAACAAGCAUUCCCGCAGACUCGCACGUCUCUGGCAUCUCAUGGCUCGAGAAUGAUACCUUCUUCAUCAUUUAUACGCCCAACAGUACAGGCGAUGAAAUUCCGCCAUCAGAGUACUACAUCGUGCAGAGGGAGCCUAAAACGACAAACUACACAUUCCAGAAACUCCCAGAGAUCCUGCCACCAUUCGGAAUGGCCAGAUUACCUGCUUUCCAUUUCAUCUCGAGACUGAGAAACUUUCCGCCCCAUAUUCAAGACUUGUUAAUAGUGACUGCCACGACCGCUACGGACGUCGGGCUGAUCUCCAAGUCGGACCAAGCCUUGUCACAAGAAGAUCCUGUUGUUUCAGCAUUUACUUUCACCACGAUCGAAGAUGACACGAGACGCGCUCAGCUUCCCCUAUCCACAACUUUCCAGGACACUUCGCCUAUCGGUAUGGUAGUGGACUUGUCUAGUUCUGAAAAAGUUCCGAAUCCGAUCCCCUCAGACCCGGAAAUCGAAGAGACAGCUGGACCUGUACCGUGUUUGCUCGUUUUGAAUAAUGAAGGUAUUCUAGUGGGCUGGUGGAUCAUAUACAACGAAUCAGUCCGUUCAAAGACUCUUUUCUCCGGGUUCGCGUCUGUACAAGCCGCAAAGGAAGGCUCAGCACCUGCCGUUCGGUCACCGUCACCAGCACCAGCCGCUGCCGCUGCCGCCUCCUCUACAUCUGGUGAACCACGUUCUACUGGUCCUUUCGGACAAUCUUCAAGUGGAGGCUUUGGCAUGCCCAAAGCUCCUACACCCUUCGGUGCCCCGUCUGCAAAACCAUUUGGGACUUCCUCCCAGAUCACGUCUGACAAACCUUCAUGGGCCAGUACGGGAUUUGGCUCUACUGCUGGUGCAGCAUCGACACCGGCCUUUGGAAAGGCUGCAUUUGGUUCAGCUACACCCAUGGGAGCGGCCAAUCCCCCUGCCUUUGGAUCAGCGAGUGCCUUGGGAAGUCGACCGUCCGCUUUCGGACAACCCUCGACGAUCGGAGGGACUCCUGCAUUUGGACAGACUUCUGCCUUUGGUCCCGCUCCCACCUCGAGCCCAUUUGCGAAAGCUGGGGUUGACUCCAGCAACUCAGGCUUUGCCUCGUUCUCAAAGGGAGGAGGCUUUGCUUCUUUUGCGGGAGACACCUCAGGACAAAGCAGCCAAAGCCCUUUCGGUGCCGCAAGUAAGACGGCCCCCUUUGCUCAAGCACCAGGGAAUGUGUUCAGCUCCAAUAAAUCCCAAGAUUCACCCUUUGCAACCAAAAAGCCUGGUGAUCCCCUCAGCUCUUUUGGGUCGGCAAAUGCUUUCAAGUUGCAGUCCUCAUUCCGGGGGGAUGGGACGGCGAAAGACGACCUACCACCGCCCAAAGAACCAAGUGGCUUUUCCUUUGGAUCUUCAUUUGGCGACAUACUAAGCGAUAAUAAAUCUGCACUGUCGCCCACCCACAACAAAGAAGAGGAAAUGGACGAGGAAAGCGGACCGAGUGAGGCCGAUUCUGAUAGAAUUCAGGAUAUGUCGACCCAGAGAUCUUCACCCGAGAUCUCAAUGAAGCCUCCUCAGACGUUGGUCACUCCUCCUUCCACCCUAACGCAACCCAAAACUACUCCCGUGCCAGCUGUGUCCACCAUAUUCGGCCCGCCACCGAAUCAAAGCACAACUCCAUUGGCCCAAAAUAACACUCCGGGCUGGUCCUUCCAGCCCUUGUCCUCCACAACUCCCAAAGAAACCCCAAAGCCCUCUCAUUUGGCCAUGUUUGGCUCUCAACCCAUAACUCAGGCACCAGCCGCCGUACAAAAGAGCGUACCAGCAUCUACUUUCACUUCUACGGGAGCACGUCCAGAGAUCAAGAAGGAACCUGCGAGCGAGGACGAGCCUGUUGAUCUCAAGACCAUUCCUGAGGCACCGCUUCCUCCGGAUACCGUCAGCAAGCCGCGAUAUGUAUCGGGGGAGACAUCGGCUCCAUCACAUACAUCGAAAACACCGCCAGACGACGCACCUCUACCACCAGACUUCCUUCCAGUGCCCAGGGCAGGUCAGGCAGAAGAGGCCAACCCAGAACUACCAGACGACGACGAAGAUGACUUCAGUUCCGACUUCGAGGACGAAGGAGAGGAAGUCGAGGAGAGUCCAGAGGAGGACGUCACAGAGGAACCAACAGAGCAUUUAGAGACAUCUCCGGAGAGCUCGUUCAAGAGCGGCGACAGGAGUCCAGAAACAAGUCCUACGGGUGGGUUGUUUACAAAGGUUACUCCAGCCUCCGCAGCUCCCAAACCCGCCAGACCGCUCUUCGGCGAAGUUGGUGCUGGGCCUGUUUUCGCACCCCCCAAACCACAAGAAAGUCCACGAUCGCCUAGCCCCGUGAGGCAGGCUUUUUCGAUCGAUGGUCUUCGAGCAGAUGCCUCGAGAUCGGUUAGUGCACCGGCGCAUCCUCGAUCCAUCAUCGAUCAACGAAAAGCCGAAUACCAGAGAUCUGGACUAGCCGCCCAAGCUGCGAGGACCAGGGAGGAAGAGGCAGCCAAGGAGAAGGCUCGUCGCGAAGCUCUUACACGGGAAAAGGCACAAGCGGAUGCUGAGGAGCUUGCGCCACUCGAGGAUGACGAGGAUGAAAGGCUACGCCAGGAGCUGGAGAGGCCCAUUACUCCCUCUGAAACAUUGGACGAUUUCGUCACAUAUCAACCCCGACCCCGCGAGGAGACACAAAAGACUGGCAUACCGGCACAGAUCGAGCGGCUGUACUCGGAUAUUAACUCAAUGGUAUACACCCUAGGUAUCAAUUGCCGCUCGCUCUCAGCGUUCCUGCAAUACCAGCAACCCGAAGCAACCAAUCAGUCAUGGCCAGCCGUGCUCAAGUCUGAGACACCACUGGACGCGUUGAAUGAUGAGCUUCUAUUGACAGAUAUCGCAAGACUGCACGAAGGAUACGCGGUACUUUCAGAUAUGCUGGCGGACUGCCGUGUAGGAGACUACAUUGAGAAAUUUGAACAGGCACAAGCUCUGAUGAAGCGCGAGGUCUUCGACUUGAGGAACAAGCUCAUAUCCAUACGCAAGACGUUGCAUAGUCUGUCAGCUAGCGACGGUGCAGUGACCGCACCUCUUACUGCCGAGCAGGCUUCCAUCCAGCAUGAUCUUCGCAAAACGUUUACGUGUGUGCAAACACAGAUGAUUCAGGUUGAAGAUGGGCUUUCCGUUCUUCGCGCGAAGCUCGCACAAAUAGCUCCAGCCAAUGGCACCAGCCAACCAGGAGCUCUGGGUCGAGCGGCUUCACGCAAGAAGCCGACGGUGGAAGCUGUGACCAAAACUGUGGAAAAGAUGAUGUCAAUGGCGGAACAGAAGAGCGCAGAUGUCGACGUUUUAGAAGCGCAGCUCAAAAAAAUGAGUGUGUCCCUUGGAACUUCAACGGACAACAAUGGUGACUUUUCCAGCGGCGCCCCAAGCACUCCUCCCCAUAGCCGACAGAUGGGUAGCGUGGCCACACCGAAAAGUGCAGGCAGUGUCUAUCAUACGCCAGAUUCUAAGUUUAGCAGCAGCACGCGUUCGGCCCGAGGAUUCAGGACGAGUCAGAAUGGAGGAUUGAAUAUGAUCUCGGUAGAGGACAAGCAGCGAUGGCAGGCAAAGGCACGUCGUCGUAAGGACGCUGCCAUCAUGUUGAAGGAGGUGUUGGGAGAGAAACAAAAGGGAAUUAUCAAGGGCAUCAAGGGUUGA